AAGCCGGUAUAAAACGCGGAUUGUGUUUUAUUUAUUUUGCAGUUGUUUUUAAUUUUUAUUCACUGCAAUUUAUUUGGAUGUUUAUUUAUUCCAUCAAAAUAAUUGGUAUGCAUGUUGCACGUGCUAAUAUCAAUGCGUUUGCCACUUAAACUGCAUCCGCCAUAACAUUCAAAGUAAACGUUUAACCCAAACACGUGAAAACCAAAAACAACAAGAUUGAAAUAUUGCCAUGCCUGAGGAUUUGGAUUUCGAUGAGCUCGAUUUUCUGCUCGGCCCAAAACCAGAUCAAUUGCAAAAUGAAAUUAACGCCGAACAACAUGUCCAGCGAAUUGUGCCAGCUAAGCGAGAAUCCUCGAAAAAGGCCCGCCGGCUAGCAGAGCGGAUUGCCGAAACCGAUGAGCUGGUGCGUCAGUUGAAGCAGCUGAAGGAUAACCAACAGCAGCUUAAGGAUCUGCAACGAUCUGCUGGUGAAGUAACUCAACUAUACCACUGUGAGAAGCAGAAACGUAUUGAGCUCGAGGCGCGAGUAAAUGAACAGAGCGAACGUUGCACCGAUCUGGAGAAACAACUGGAUGUUCAACAAUUAAACUGUGAGGAGCUGCAGGAACAGCUAACGACCCGGGCACUGCCGGUUGAUGCCAGGGAUAUGGUCUCCAUAUUCAUGCAACUCACGCAGCGUGUGGGCGAGGAUUCCCAUGCCAGUGGUUUAUUACGGCGGGAACAAAAUUUGCUGCGUAAACUAAAGGAUUACUGCAAAUCGGCAAAGAUCAACAUACCACCGAUGAAGAGCUCCACAGGCAAGAGACCUAAGGUUACAACGGCAGCUGUUCAAGCCACUCAGACAACACAAACAGAUGCCUUGCAGGAGUUGGCAGUAAUUGUGCCAAGCAAGCCGGAAAUGUGCUCGAUUGCCGUGCAGAGCGAGAUUCUGGUAUCCACGCGAAAUCAGGGCACUCAGCACAAGAACAUGACGACAACCCGCGGCACAACAACGGCGUCCUUCAUUAAGAAACACGAUGUGGGCACCUGUUUUCCAGAGCCGAAACCAGCUUUGAGUGUCCACCAGAUACUGGAUAAGAUGCUGUCCUGGAACAAAUCGUGCAUAACGCCAUUGAGCCCCAUUGUCGAACCACAACCGGAACCGGAGGUCCUACAAACAAUUAGCAUGGGCACAUGUACAGAUUUGUGCAAUGUGCAAAGAGCAAUUGAUUAUCUACCAGAUCUACCAGCGGAAUUGAAGCAAUCCCGGCCACCUUCCCGUGCAAGCGUCAAGGAUGAGUUGGCAAUGCCUAUGGGAGCAGCUGCCCUUAAUGGUUAUGGCCACCACAUGGCUAAGGAGCUGCUACACUUUCUGCCACACAGCCAGAGCAUUUUGACCAAUCUGCCGCCACAUGUUUUCGAGGAGAUCUGGCAAGUGAUGGGUCAAAUGGUGCUCGUUGCCUUACAGCGUCGCUCCACAAAUUCUUCAGUGCCCGCACCGAUGCCCGCGCCCACCAUCAACCAAGCUGACUUUGGUAGCUGGUUCGAAGCAUAUGAGAGUAACUUGAAUCAGCUGCACACCAGCAAUAAGGAAGAUGCUGAGUUUCAGGUACCUUCAAAGGCCACAAAUACUAUGGAUGUGGCCACUGAUCCCAUGAUGACGCCGCCACCUGAAAUCGGCCUCGAUUUGACGCCAAUACGUCUGCUGGUCAAGCCCAAGUUCCGGGUCAUAUCGAAGCCAAAACCAAAGCCAAAGAAGAAAAAGCGACGGGUUACUCAAAACUUAAAAGCUAUAGCCAAGAGAGAGACAAUUGCAUCGAAAACUGCUGCUACAACUGAAACUGCAGUUCAGUUCCUAAGCAAUUUAAAUGUGUUUACAAGCCUUAACUGUGAUAAUCUGGACAUUCAGCUGGAUGCAGAGGAACUCAAACUUCUUGAACUGACCUCUGCUGCAGAGAACAACGAAAAACAAACACCUGCCGCAUCUUUUGAGUGCGACGAGGAUACUACACAAAGGACACCUGCAUCUCUACUCCACAAAGAUCAAAUGAGGAAUAAGGAAAAUUCUCCACAAAACGCAGCUUCAUCCCGUAAAGAUCAAACAGAUGAUAGACAGCUUCCUGCAGUUGAAGAUGAAGCAGAUCCUCUACAAAAAACACCUUCAUCUCGCACAGAUCAAAAUCAAUUAUUAUUUGAUAAAAAUGGUGACUCGGAUGAUGAAGAGACUCCCACAAUUGAAGGAGCAGAAAUUUGUUCACAAGGCAGAUUAACAUCUUCAUCGAUCAAAGAAGUUGAAGAAAGUGCAUCACAAAACAAUUCUUUAUCUUCAUUCCUCAACGAUCAAAGUGUUGAUGGUCAGCCUCUUGCACAUGAUGUUAAAAAAGAUACUCCACAAAACACAUCUUCAUCCUGUAAAGAUCAAACGGAUGAUAGACAGCUUCCUGCACUUGAAGAUGAAGAAAAUCCUCCACAAGAAACAUCUGGUGACUCGGAUGUUGAAGCCACUUCCAGACUUGAAGGUGCAGAAAAUUGUCAACAAAGCAGAUUAACAUCUUCAUCAAUCAAAGCAGGGGACUUGGAUGAUGAAAAGUCUACUCCACGUGCAGUUGAAGAAAGUCUUUCAAAAAACACGUCUUUAUCUUCAUCCCGCAAAGAUGAAAUUGGAGAAGAUUCUCCACAAAACUCAACUUCAUCUCUCACAGAUCAAAAUAAGUUAUUAUUUGAUAGUCAGUGGGACUCGGAUAAUGAAAUGCCUCCUGCACUUGAAGUUGCAGAAGAUUGCUUACUAGGUAGAUUAGCAUCUUCAUCGAGCGAAGAUGGGGACUCUGAUGAUGGAAAGCCUCAACAAAGUAGAUCUACAUCUUUAUCCCGCAAAGAUAAAAUCAAGUUAUUAUUUGACAGUGAUGGGGAUUCGGACGAUGGACAGUCGCUUGAUAUUCGAGAAGAUAAUCUACAAUGUAGAUUAACAUCUAGUGAAUACUGGGACUCGGAAGAAGAGCAGCUUUCACCACAAGAAAAUGAAGAGGAAGAUCCACAAAGUACAACUAAGUCUUCGUCCCACUCUAAUCGAGACUCGGUUGAUGGACAGCAUUCGCUAUUUAAAGGUGUUGAAAUUCCCACACAAAGCACAUCACUUUCUCCCCCUCGCACAGAUCAAGUUGACGGCACUGAGGACUCGAGCAAUGAACAACCUCAAUUACCUAAAGAUAAGCAAAGUUGUCUGCCAAUACCUGCAAUCCCUUCAUUUAAAUACGAUUCCGAUGUUGACAGCGUAGACUCCAACAGUUUAGUCAUAGAUGAUGGCAAUACUGAAGAAGAUAAAGAACAUAUUGAACUGUCAAAUGCUGCAAUUGAACCCAUUGUAGUGUUGCCUGUGGCCAAACGUAAGAGAAACUCAAGCUCCUGCAGCAGUUGUGAUAAUCAACCAUUUGAAAAGAGAGUCACAAGAUCGCAAGUUAAGCAAUUGGAGUUGAUGGGAGAAACGAAAACUGAGUUGCAUAAUCUCAAAUUGAUCAAAGUAGCAAGGGAACUGCAGUCAAGCUGCAUAUCUUCAAGUUCGCCCAUGUCGCCCGUCUCAGUAGCCAGCUGCGAGGAGGAGAGCGACUGUGAACCCAUCGAAAUACCACUGGAGACGCCUGGUCGAGAGCACAGUGCGAGUGAACCAAAGGCACUGCUAAGUUACGUCGUUAACGAGGUCAAAGCCGAUGCCAAGCAUCGUAAACAACAAGAGCAACAGCAAAAUAGACCAGAAUUAAAGCAAUUAAAGCUGAAAAUCGUCAACUGGCUGAAGAACUCAGUGCCACUGGACACAAUGUGUAUUAAGCUCAUAACUGAAAAUGAAACUGUCGCUUUCGAUGUCAUAACUAAUGCAUUCGGAAAUCUUGGGGAUGACAUUGCAGUGGAACGUCUAUUAACUAUGGUUGGUCAAAUUGAGUGCCAGAAAAGCUCGUUUAUAGAACGAUUUAUGAACUCCUUGGAACAGCGCUUGUUCAGCCUGAAGGUGCGACUCACCGACCAGUUGGCACUGAAAUAUGUGCGUCUAUUUUUGCAAUUGACUGGACUGCAAUCAAGGCUCACUGUGCCUGCCCAGAGUUAUGUGAAUCCGGCUCGCCUAUUGCUGGCCAAAAUACUCUAUCACUACAGCAGAGAUGUGACCAUGCUGGUGCUGGAGGUGCUCCGUCAAUUUCCGACGGUGUUGCCACACCGUGAGGAGCGCGGUUACGACAACGGCGAUCCGUUAAUUACGGUCAUCAAGCAUCUACUAAUGAGCCACAAAUACGAUAUGCAAGAUGCCGAAGGACCUGAUCGUGCCUUGCUCUCCAAACUGCGAUUUGAAUAUCACUUCCAGCCAUAUGAGCCCACCAAGCAACAGGUGAUUGAGAAUCUGGUGGAGAAACUGAAAGCAGGUCGACUGCAUCAUCUGUGCUACGCCUUUGCGUUAUUCUGCAGACGCAGUGUCGCUCUGCAUGUCGAAAAGGAUAUACUAGAGGCGCAUCUACUGCCCCUGGUCAACAGCUACUGUGAUCUGUGCCUGCAGAGCGAGGAGUAUGAUGCACGCGUGGAGUGCCUGCUGCAAAGUGUAUCGAUGAUCGUCAAGCAACUGCCGCUGCACAACAAAUUUGAUAUCUCCAACUACAUUGCGAUCUUCAAGCGCCUGCUUGUGGCGGGUCCACGUCCUGGCGUGCAACAGGCAGCUGUUCACGCCAUUCUGCGUACGCAACGAUUCGGUUACGGAAUUGUCUUGGAAGCACUGCAAGGCUACAGACCCAACUAUCAACUCAGUCCCAUGACGCGUGCCAUGAUGAGGAGCUUUGCCGAACGCCGUGUACAGUACACGCAGGCAUACAAGGCGUCGGAGGCAUGUGGUCAGAAGAAGAAGGUUUAGCUUCAUCAUUAAGAAGCUAUCAAUUUUACGAAUUGUAACUAUUUAUUUAUGUUUUUCAUGUGUAUAUAAUUAAUUGAAUUAAACUAAAUGCUAACUGCAAUCGAUAUUUUUACAACUUUAAGCUUAAGAUUAUAGUUAAUUUGAUUUAGAAAAGAAUACACAUUGCAUGUAGAAAUGAUUGCACAUUAAAUGGAAAUGGAAAGCGGUUAAA